AUGGUGAAGAUGUCCGGCAACUACCGCAAGAGCCAAGUUUCGCGACGCAAACUGCCGUUGCAAGGCAGCCGGUACUCACACAUGACGUGGCUGGAAAAGCACGCCUGGGAGCGCAAUCCAAUAUCGGACCAAGUGUUCAAGUUUCUACAGCAAACGAUGGGCCGAGAGAUGGUAAGCCAAUGUGUCUACACGGCGAACUCUGAGAUGAUGAUUGUCCAGCAUGGCGAAAAGGUGUCUGAAAAAUCGACGGCGGAUCCGCGCGUGAGCCCCAACAAGCAUAUGGCGGCUGAGAGUAGCGCUGCUGUUCUGUCGCGAGAGCUGGAUGGAACCUGGUCUUCGGAGAAUUUGCAACCCGCUCACCCUCAAGAAAUCGCAAGUGGUGACACCGAGCUUAGGUGGGCAGGCAUUAAUUCGAUGCAAGCUGUAGCUCAUGCUGGCUCCGUAAACGAAUCAGCGCGAUCGUCGCCAGACCUUCAUGCGGCAAAGCAGUCAGGGGAAGCCGGACCUUCAACGGAAAGUAGCUUGUCUGACGAGAAUGACUCUGAAACGGAGAUUGCUAAUCCGAGGCGACACGUUGAAACCAUACACAAGGCAACCCAAGUCGGUAACGAGAUGUCCACGGCGGUCAAUGGGUUCCUGCAUCCCCCAAGGUCCAUCAAGGAUCACGAGACUGAAAGACAGCCUCUCACUUGGACAGAGCUAAUCGGACUGGCUUUGCUGAAUGCAAAGGACAAUCGCAUGAAGGCCCCCCAAAUAUAUGAGUGGGCAGUUCUGCAUUUCCCCUCCUUCUUCAAGUCUCACGAAUCCUCAACAAGCAGCAUCAGUGCCGUGCUGUCUAUGAAGCACCAGUUCAUCAAGGUGGACAGACCACUGACUGAUCAGAGCAAAACACUGUACUGGGGCAUUCGUCCUGGAGCGGAGAGCGAGUUCGAUAAGAUCGCACCUUCAUUGCGUAUUGCGCCGCUUGCCGCUCCAGCCAAUCAGAGUGCAUUGAAUGACGGGGACUACCGCAAAGUCAACAGCCUCAAGGAGAAGCCGGCAGCGACUCAAUCAGCCGCGGUUGAUGCAACGCACGUCGACAGCAACCAGGAAAGCGCCGCAACUGCACAACCUGGAAAUGUGUACUCCGACGGACCUUACCGCGUGGACAACAAUUGGCGUGGAUGCUACACCAUAGUCCACAGUACUCCUGGUCUGAAGAAAUGGAGCGAACUACCCUCUGUUGACUCGACAAGAGUAAAGGGUCGCAGCUACCGCGUCCGCGAUUGGAUCAGAAUCCCUUCUUCCUCCGCCAAGCCGUUCAAGAAACUGCAACGUAGGGAUGCAGACGAGAUGAUAGCAAGGAUACGUGAGAUAAAAGUUCUGCAAGACGGAUCGCACAUGCUCGCCGCCUUACUGUUCGUUUCCAAGCAAGAAGCAGAAGCACUUGGCUGCAACAAGGUGGAAGAGUGGCCUGAGAACCGAUCCUAUGUUCAGACUGCGUUCCUACAGCUCAUCCCAGGAGAUGUUGUCAGAGGCAAACUCGGUUUGGAAGAAAUUGAGCAAACCACGUCGAAACGUAUAUUUGACGGGUGGAAAUCGCGCUUGACACUGCGCUCUCGCGACUAUUCGGAGGUUGCAUGGGCUUUGUUCGAGCGCGAAGCAGAGAGGAAAGGGAAAGCCGCACCAAACACUGAUCCUAAGGGAGUUGUCUCGGAGCAUCGUUUGCCGACCUUACUCCAUUCAACCAAGAACGCACGAAGACCCGGACAGUUCGCAGCUGAGACCAAUCACGAAACGGAGAACGUCAUCGAAUCUGUAGAGGCGCUGGACUCCGAGAAGGACGAGGGGCUUGGAGAGGUUAGGGACGGUAUGCAGCUUGAUGGGCCGAACGACGUGUCAUCCCGCCAACCACCCUCAGGAGCGAUUCCCGGUCAGAGUGGAGCGCACGCUGGAGUUGGCUUGAUUGAAUCCUCGGAACGUGCGGUUGAAGGCAGAGUUACUUGCCUCGGCAAUCAACUUCUUAAAGAUAAGGCCUGGCACUUCAUGGGCAAUAUUCCCGGUUUUACUGUUUGCGAACGCUGCUUCGACGACUUAGUUUCACCCUCACUGAACGCAGAAGGCUAUAUCCGCGCCGCUUUUCCUUACCGGUUCCUCCGAAGUCCAGAAACUGUGUACGGGUAUCGAAGUUGUCAACUGUCGGACCAGGUCAUGCGCGGUACAUGGCAUCACGCGGUGGAAAACGGCGACUUUCGGCACUUCAUGAGGCAAGCGAGAGAGAUACAAAUUCCAGAGGACGGCUCGUUCGCUCAAAGCUCAGCAACAGGAAUUGAUAUCCCUCCGGCAGGAGAACCGGUCGGGCAAUGGAGGAUUGCACCGUCAGAACAGCCUCCCGAUGCAAGAAACGGCGCAACUUUCACUUCGACGGCAGCGGCUGGCCCCAAACUACCUGAUGAUGAAACAUUGUCUCGACUUUUAGAUUCCGAGCUGCAGCACGCUGAAACAAGCACCAGAGAUUUACUCGCCGCUUGGCCAAAGGACGACCCGGAAAAUCCCAACUGGGAUGAUUUGGCUAAAACCAAAGAGAUCAAGGAGCGGGCCAGGAGAAAGGCGACAUUCGGCAAAACGAUUACUCUCGAUCGCAAGCAUCGUGGGAACUCUCAUGUCGAAGUUGACAGAUUGCCACCGGCGGAACGCGAGCGGAGGUCUGCAACACAUGGCUCGGAGAAAUAUCCACCUCUGCACGACCACGGCGCCCAGACGAUCCCGACUGAGCAGAUACUGGCUCGCAAUGUUUCUCAUACAGCGGAGCUGUUCCCAACUCUGGAGGAGCUCCUAGGUGUACCGGAGAACAUCUCUCCCACUGUUCAUCAGGACAGGUUAGCCUUCAGUGUCUCACAGAGAUGGGCCAGCAAUGCUCGUCUUGCAAAAUACAACAUCUACAAGGUCGGCGGCAACAGUGUAGGAUGA